AUGAAGCCACCUCUCUUGGUGCUUUCUGUGUAUCUGCUAUAGUUCAAAUGUUGUGACAGUGCGCCUACUUGGAAGGAGACAGAUGCUACGGAUGGAAACCUGAAGAGUCUUCCAGAGGUAGGAGAGGCAGAUGUAGAAGGAGAGGUGAAUAAGGCUUUGAGCAUUAAGCAGAUGAAAAUCAUGAUGGAAAGGAGAGAGAAGGAACAUGCCAAACUGAUGAAAACCUUGAAGAAAUGCAAAGAAGAAAAGCAGGGACCAUCACUGGAUCAUCAUCUGCUGAAGGAUUCAGAGGCUCGUGACCUACAUAAGAUGAGCUCUGCCCCAGUAAAAUCUCUGAUUGGCCCAGAUUUUCUUCCCCCUCUUCAAGAACACGUGGUACAGAUAGAAAACCUGUUCAUCCAGCUGGCUGGAGAUGUGAAAUCUCUUUUCAACAUGAGAUUUUACAUUUUUUUUCAGGCUCAGCAAGACUUUGACCAGGCUUUUCAAUUAUACUUCAUGUCUGAUGUGGAAUUAAAGGAGCUACACCCCCCCCCACCAGCUUUGUCUAAGGAGAUAACCAAAAAGGAAGAGCUUGGGCAAAGGUGGGGCAUUCCCAAUGUAUUCCAGCUGUUUCAUAAUUCCUCUAUUUGUGGCAGAGUCCAACAAACAAUAAUGAAGACACGCAAUGCAAUUGAAGACUGCACAAAGGCCAAUUCAGAGUUAGACCAGAGAGGUAUGACUUCAGAGAUGUUACCUGAGCAAAAUGGAGAAAUGUGUGAAGAAUUUGGCAAGAAUUUAUCUGGAUNUUUAAAAUUUCAUAAGAGAUGCCAAAAAAAAAAAGAUCCAGAACCUCCUGCAGAAGGUGCUGAGAGCUCGAAUACCAUUUACUACAUGGUAGCUAAAGUUCUGCAGCAUUUUAAGGGACAUUUUAAAACCUGGUAA